GAGAGAAAAGGAAGAUGGGAUGCUGAUUUGGGAUUAUUUGAAGAUGGUUUUCUCUCUGAUUUGGGAUAGUUUGAAGAUGGUUUUUGCAUUUUCUUGGGGAAACAGGAUAGUUUGAGGAGGGUUUUUCAUUUUCUCGGGGAAACAACAAGCUGACCUGAAGGAUUAAGUUUGGGGAACUAAUCCUAUAUGUACAAAUGCAUGCUCCUUUCUCUCUUGAAGAGCCCUAAUUCGACCAUCUUCAGUAAUCAGCUCGUCGAAUUGGUCGCAACACAAAAUGCCUCGAGAUGACACAGAACUAAGAUCGGCAAAAAAUGCAUUCAAUGAGGCCUCUAAGACUGGUAAUCACCACGAGGAAGCUCGAUGGGCCAAUGUGAUCGGUGACAUUUAUAAGAGGAGAGGUGAAUAUGUCGAGGCCUUGAAAUGGUUGCGAAAAGACUAUGAGGUCUCAGUAAAACACUUACCAGAGAAGCACCUGUUACCCACUUGCCAGUCCCUUGGUGAAGUCUACUUGAGAUUGCAAGAUUUCGAAGAAGCCCUAAUUUACCAGAAAAAACACUUGGAGUAUGCCAAAGAUGCCAGGGACCUUAUCGAGCAACAACGGGCAACCACACAGCUUGGUCGAACUUACUAUGAAAUAUUUAACACGUCAGAAAGUGAUCACCGUGCUCUUCGGAACUCGAAAAAGUAUUUCAAAAUGGCCAUGGAACUUGCUCGUGAACUCAAGGGAAAUUCCAGAAAUCAUAAAUCUUCAUCAUUUCUCAAGGAGUUCAUCGAUGCUCAUAAUAACCUUGGCAUGCUUGAGAUGGAUCUUGAUAACUAUGAAGAAGCUAGGAAAAUUCUUUUGGAGGGUUUAAAAAUUUGCAAUGAUGAAGAGGUGCCUGUGAAUGAUGAUGCACGUAGUAGGCUUCAUAACAAUUUGGGAAAUGUAUAUAUGGAGCUGAGGAUUUGGAAUAAAGCCAAAGAACACAUUGAGCGUGAUAUCUUUAUUUGUAACAAGAUUAGCCAUUUACAAGGAGAGGCAAAAGGGUUUAUCAAUCUUGGUGAAUUGCAUUGGAGAUUGCUAGAAUAUGAUGAAGCAAUGAGUUGUUAUCAAAAAGCUCUCAAAAUUGCUCGUUCUAUGGAAGAUGAAGAUGCAUUGGUUGAGCAGAUUAAUCAAAAUUUAAAGACUGUGAAGGAAGCUCGAGGGGUGCUUGAAGAAUUAACGAAAGAAGAGCAGAAGCUCAAAAAAUUGGAAAGGGGCACAAUAAAAGUUAGGGGCACCCCAGAUGAGAGGGGAUAUCUAUUAAAGCAGAAUGUAUUGCUCGACCUACUGAUUGAUAAGUCCAGCAUGAUUCGUGCUUGGCCUAAACACCGUGAAUUUGCAAAAAAGAAGAAGAAAGUGGCAAGUGAGCUCGGUGACAAGGAAAAGCUGGGAGAUGCAUUUCUCGUCAUCGGAGAGGCAUAUCAAAAUCUUCGAAAUUUUGACAAGGCCCAUAAAUGGUACAAGAAGAGCUGGAAUGUAUACAAGUCAAUUGACAACCUGGGGGGCCAAGGGCUGGCCAAAGUUAAUAUUGGCAUCGUUUUGGAUUCUGCUGGUGACUGGGCUGGAGCACUCAAUUCAUAUGAAGACGGCUACAAGUUUGCUGUUGAAAGCAACUUAAUUUCCGUACAGAUUACAGCACUUGAAAAUAUGCAUUAUAGCCAUAUGCUGAGAUUUGACAAUGUUGAAAAGGCAAGGGAGUUGCAACAAACUAUUGAGAAUUUGAAGAUUUCCCAGAAUGAAAAAAUUGGAGGAAAACAUUUGGAGGACGAUUGUUGCUCUGAAUCUGCUACAGGAGAACAGUAUUUUUCAGACACCGAAUCAGAUGCACAUGGUUCACUGAAUAUAAUUGAAGAACCAUCUACAUCAAUGCCAGUAGAUCCAAUAAAUACUAUAGGAGUCAGAGAUGACCUCCCUUUGGCCUCAUUUAUUCAGUCCUGUAAGAAAUCAUCUUGGUCACAAAAGUCACAAGUGGGUUGCUGUCGAGAAAAAUCUCCAAUUUGUGGUGAUUCAAUGGAAGGUUUCUCAGGAGAUAACCAACAACUACUGGGACGUAAGCGAAUUCGUUUGGUUCUUUCUGAUGACGAAUUUGAUAAUGAUGAUGAAAGGGGUCAUCCUCGAGAAAAGAUGGAUAUUCAUCCCAUUCAUGUUGGUGUGACUUCUGAUGAAGCUGUGGCAGAGCAAAAGAAGGAUGUGUCAACAGAGCCUGCUCAGUCCAAUACUAUCUCAUGUAAAGUAGGUGAUAUCAUGAUCAGCGUUCCCAUAAGUUCAUGCUUGGAGGGCGAUACACUGAGUAUAGCUUGCAUGAAAGUUGAUUUGGCUUGUCGUUAUUAUUUAAUGCUUCUGGAAGAAAAGAGGUCCAAAGGUGUCUUGCCUGUUAUUCGGGAUCUGAAGCACAAUGGAAAGCCACUUAAAUCCACUGAAUUCAUAGAAGAUCUUAGAGACUGCUUUGGUGGAGAAAGCUGGAUUGAAGUAGUCAUUGGUGGAUGGGUUCAAAAGCACUUGAUUAAGUUUUAUAUUGACUGUUGUGUUAAAUGCUCUGAAGAACCCAAUAUGAAGCUAUUGAGAAACUUGUACAACUUGGAGGUUAGCGAGGAUGAAGUUGUAGUCUCUGAUUGUGAAUUACAAGAUGUAUCGUUUUUGCCUCUUUCAAAGGCGCUUCUAGAACAUGGGACAGUUUCCAUUUUGAACUUGUCUCAUAACUUGUUAGGAAAUGAGACGUUGAAGAAACUGCAUGAAGUAUUCUCUUUGUCAUGCCAAAGUUAUGGUGGGCUGACAUUGGAUUUGCAUUGUAAUAGAUUUGGACCAACUGCACUAUUUCAGAUUUGUGAAUGCCCUGUAUUGUUUAAUCGACUGGAAGUUCUGAAUCUUUCUGGAAAUCGUCUAACAGAUGCUUGUGCUUCCUACCUUUCCACCAUUUUAGAAAAAUGCAAGGCAUUAUAUAGCUUAAGCAUAGAAAGCUGUUCAAUUACAUCCAGAACAAUUCAGAAUAUUGCUGAUGGACUCGACAACAAAUCUGGACUUUGGCAACUUUCUAUUGGAAAGAACAAUCCCAUUUCUGGAAAUGCUAUGCGCUGUCUUUUGGACAAACUUUUGUCUUUAAAAAGAUUUUCUGGACUUAAUCUGGUUGGCAUAAAGUUCACCAAGCCUAUGGUUGAUAUCCUCUGCCGCUUUGCCAAAUCCUCGUCAAGUCUCUCCUCAUUGAUGCUUGGCUGUACUUCUAUUGGACUUGAUGGAGCUUUAAAAUUAACUGAAGCGCUGUCAAAUGGAAGUCAAGAACUUGUGAAGCUUGACCUGUCAUUCUGUGGAGUGACUUCUCAUGAUUUUGUACAACCGGUGACGAACAUCGUCUCAAUAACUGGUCUUUUACAAUUGAACUUGAGUGGGAAUCUCCUUGGGCAGCAGGGUCUAGGUGCCUUGGCAUCCUUCCUUGUUAGUCCUCAUUGUUGCCUGAGAGUUCUGAACCUCAACAACUGCAAUCUCGGUCUCGCUGGGAUUCUUCAAAUUCAUCAAUCCUUGGCAGUAAACAAUUCCAUGGAAGAACUUUAUCUCGCUGAAAAUGUGACUUUGACAAACGACAUCUCUCUAAAUGAUCUUCCUAAAGAGAACCCAAGUUUAAAUUGUUCUCAUAGGAAGUUCAAACUUUCUCUCACUUCAACCAAGAGAAAAAUAGCACUAGACAAUCAACUAGGCUUACCAGAACAAGUUUCAGACAUUAAGGGCCUUGAAGUUGCAGAUAGUGAAGGUGAUGAGAACCGAGAAGAUGCAUACCUUUCUGGUUUUGAUGACAGUUGUGCUAGCUCUCAUCCACCAUCAGAGCUUGAAAUGGUAGGGAUGGAAGCAACUGAAGAACUAUGCUCUAAAGAAAUCAGUGGACAGUUCAUCCAAGAUCUUUCAACUGCCAUUGCAAUGGCAAAGACCUUACAAUUGCUGGAUCUUAGUGGGAAUGGAUUUUCCAUGGAAGCUGUGGAGGCCAUGCAUUUGUCGUGGUCAUUGAACUCAAGGUGUGGGGGAUUGAGGCAUGUGCAGGAGGGGAUUGUUCAUUUCUAUGUUGAAGGUAGAAAGUGCUGUGGAGUUAGGCCGUGCUGUCGAAGAGAUUGAUUCACAGGCCGAACGAUUAUAUGCUCCUACUUUUGUGGUGCAUUUCAUCCAUGCCACUCCCUUGGGUAAAACCCAUGUACGAGUAUUAUUUGGACCCCAAAUUUCGGGAUGUAACUUCCUCAACCCAACAAUCAACAUUAAAAGGUUUCACAUGUGCAUCUAGGGCUGCCACCGGGCUGGGCUUGGGCUGGCCAAAGCCCCUGACCUCUGCCAGACAAAAACCUGAAAUACUUAAUGGCUUGCACCGACCCGGCCCAAAUAUCUAUUUUCCAGCCCCGACCCAGCCCAGCCUAAAGCUCUGUUGUAGCCUGGGGCUGGGGCUUGGCCCAACUUGGGUUUU